CCCUGGGCUUGCGCUUUUUUUCUUUGCAGCCACCGUGCCUACCGCGAGGAUGAGCUCGGCCUCGGUCACCGCUUUCGAGAAGGAGCAUCUCUGGAUGUAUCUGCAAGCGCUCGGCUUCGAGCCAGGCCCGGCAACCAUUGCCUGCGGAAAGAUCGUGUCGCACACGCACCUCGGAGUUCUGGACCAGUCUCUCGCCAAAGAAGUUUUCAAAUUUUGUUGGCCCCCAUUUGACCAAAAAAGUGAUACUGAAUUCCGAAAACAUUGCUGUGAACGGAUAAAAAGGAUUUCUGGUGAAUGUGGAAGUAGCUUUCCUCAAGUUGUUGGUUCAUUAUUUCUUUCUCCUGGUGGUCCUAAGUUUAUUCAUCUGAUGUAUCAUUUUGCAAGAUUUGUUGCAAUGGAAUAUAUUAAAUCCAAUUCUAAAAUAUCAGUUAAGCAGGUACCAAACUUGACAUCUGAAUGUAUAGGAUUGGAAAACCAAAUAAAGAAAAUGGAACCCUAUGAUGACCACAGUAACAUAGAAGAAAAAACAAAGGUUCGGUCUUUGUGGGCUUCAGUGAAUGAAACGCUCAUGUUUUUGGAAAAAGAGAGAGAAGUUGUUAGUUCAGUCCUUAGUCUUGUUAACCAAUAUGCUUUAGAUGGAACUAAUGUUGCUAUUAAUAUUCCAAGGCUCUUACUUGAUAAAAUUGAGAAACAAAUGUUUCAGUUGCACAAAGGAAAUGUUUAUGAGGCUGGAAAACUGAACCUCUUAACAGUUAUUCAGUUAUUAAAUGAAGUCCUGAAGGUGAUGAAAUAUGAACGUUGUCAGGCUGAUCAAGCAAGAUUGACGGUAGACCUUCACUACCUUGAAAAAGAGACCAAAUUUCAGAAGGAAAGAUUAUCAGAUCUGAAACAUAUGAGGUAUAGAAUAAAAGAUGAUCUCACAACUAUAAGACAUUCUGUUGUUAAAAAGCAAGGAGAAUGGCAUAAAAAGUGGAAAGAAUUUCUUGGUUUGUCUCCUUUCAGUCUAAUUAAAGGUUGGACUCCGUCUGUAGAUCUUUUACCACCAAUGUCUCCCCUUUCGUUUGAUCCUGCCUCAGAAGAAGUGUAUGCAAAGAGUAUUCUUUGUCAGUAUCCUGCUUCACUUCCAGAUACACAUAAGCAACAUAACCAAGAAAAUGGUUGCAGAGGAGACAAUGAUACCUUGGGAGCUCUACAUGAUCUAGCCAACAGCCCUUCCUCUUUCUUGUCGCAGUCAGCUUCAUCAUCAGAUAGAAACAGUGUUACACUACUUGAAAAGGACACAAAGAUGGGAACUCCCAAAGAAAAAAACGAAGCAAUUUCUAAGAAAAUACCAGAAUUUGAAGUGGAAAAUUCUCCAUUAUCAGAUGUUGCAAAGAAUACAGAGAGUAGUGCAUUUGGAGGGUCUUUGCAAGCUAAAAAAAGUGAUCCAUUUCAAAAACAGCAAGAUCAUCUGGUAGAAGAGGUUGCCAGAGCAGUUUUAUCUGAUUCACCACAGCUCUCUGAAGGAAAAGAAAUAAAAUUAGAGGAACUAAUUGACUCUCUGGGUUAACCCUUCUUAACAAGGAAUCAGAUUCCCCGUACUCCAGAAAACUUGAUAACUGAAAUUAGGAGCUCAUGGAGAAAAGCUAUUGAAAUGGAAGAAAACAGAACUAAAGAACCAAUUCAAAUGGAUGCUGAACAUAGAGAAGUAUUGCCAGAAUCAUUACCUGUGUUGCACAAUCAAAGAGAAUUUAGCAUGGCUGAUUUUCUCUUAGAAACCACUGUAUCAGAUUUUGGCCAGUCUCAUUCGACUGAAGAGAAAGUUAAUUCAGAUUGCGAGUGUGUGCCUCAGAAACAUGUGCUGACCAGUCACAUAGAUGAACCACCAACACAAAAUCAGUCAGAUUUGUUAAAUAAGAAAGUAAUUUGCAAGCAAGAUUUGGAAUGUUUAGCCUUCACCAAGCUUUCAGAAACUAGCCGAAUGGAGACAUUCUCCCCUGCUGUUGGCAAUAGGAUAGAUGUGAUGGGUGGCAGUGAAGAGGAGUUUAUGAAAAUAUUGGACCACUUAGAAGUUUCAUGUAACAAACCUUCCACAAAUAAAACUAUGUUGUGGAAUUCUUUUCAGAUAUCAAGUGGAAUUAGUUCUAAGAGUUUUAAAAAUAAUGAUUGUGGCAUAUUACACGAAACUCUUCCGGAAGAAGUUGGUCACCUAAGUUUUAAUAGUUCCAGUAGUUCAGAGGCCAAUUUUAAACUGCAGCCAAAUAGUCCUAUGCAUGGUGGCACUCUUCUAGAAGAUGUUGUGGGAGGGAGACAGACUACUCCAGAAUCAGACUUUAAUUUACAGGCUCUUCGCAGUAGAUACGAGGCUCUGAAGAAAUCUCUUUCCAAGAAAAGGGAAGAAUCUUACCUCUCGAAUUCCCAAACACCCGAAAGACACAAACCAGAAUUGAGCCCUACUCCCCAAAAUGUACAAACAGAUGAUACACUUAACUUUUUGGACACCCGUGAUUUGCAUACUGAGCAUAUAAAGCCAUCUUUACGCAUGUCCAUCGGUGAAAGAAAACGGUCUCUUUCACCACUAAUUAAGUUUUCUCCAGUGGAACAAAGAUUGAGAACCACAAUAGCAUGUAGUCUUGGAGAACUACCUAAUUUAAAGGAAGAAGACAUUUUGAAUAAGAGCCUUGAUGCAAAAGAACCACCAUCUGACUUGACAAGAUGAAGACGUACCCAUUUAAUAUAACUAUGAUGCACUUAAAUUGAAGCUAUGCCACAGGAUAGAAACUGAAUUAUAAUUUAAAUACAUGUUGGAAGUGUAACACUGUUUUUCAAGGUUUAAAAAAAUUCCUAAUGCCUUUUAGCCUUCUUUAAUAUUUUUAGGUAAGGAAAGUAUGUUUGGAUUUUUUCUCUUUGUAGGUAUAUGAGAUUGAAAUGUGAAGUAUUUGGAAAACAAACGUCAAGCAAUGGGAAGCCAUUUUGAUUUCUUGAGUAAUCUUGUAAGCAUUAAGUGAAUGACAAAGUAGUAGUGUAACUAAUUUCUUAUGUUAUAACUUCAGUCAGUUAAUAUAAGGAUAAGUAGUUUUUGUUGUAUGUUCACUAAGUGGUUAAUAUAAUAGCCAUUGAAUAUACUAAUCUUUCAUCUUAGAGAACUAUACAACUUUUAUUGUUUCUUAAUGGAACAUUCUGGCUAACCAGAAAAAGUGAGAAAAAUAGUACCUUGAGAUGUGUAGUCAAGAUGACAAAUUUUAACACUGGAAAAGCUCUAAACAGGCUUAAUGAUUCUUCAAGUAGAAUGAUCCUGAGAAGUGAUGUUUGAUGGAAUAAAGUGCAUGUGAUGAUUAAGUGAAGACUGGGGCAGAAUGAUUUAAAAAAAGGAAAAAGAUGGAAGAUGAGUAGACACUUGCAAGGAACACUGUCAAACUAUAAAUCCAUUCAGUGGGUUGUAUAACAUUUAUAUUUAGUCUAAUUUAGACUUUGAUAAUUUAAUGCUACUUUUAUAUUUUAACAAAAAUAUAAAUUAAAAUUUUCA